UCUAUUCCCAUGACAUGUAUGAUGCAAUAACAACGCAACUAUGACAUCAUUACAAAUGACGUAAUCGUGUCAUUCCUUUUUAUUUCGCAACUAAUACGUCAUUAACCUACACUAACACAUGGUCAAAGCAAGAGGUGGAAAAUUCUGACCGCAUUUCGUUUUUCUAAUCUGGAAUGAACGUUCUAUUACGAAACAGACAACAAAGGAAAAAGAUAAUCAGUCAUUUUUAUGCGAUCUAGAAUCAUUGUUAACAUACGGGAAGCUGUAAGAAACAUGAAUAUAAGAAGUAUUUCGCUUAUAAAGAAGAAUAAAACACCAAAUAUUAUAUCUAAAAAAUGGAGUCAACGAAAAGAAAUGAAGAUAUAAGUUUAGCCGAGUCAUGCAGUGACUCUGAUGUCAUAAACCACAAUGAGAAGCAUAAAUCAGCAAAACCGAAGCCGCCAUUUAUGGGUUUUGGAAUGCUUUGCUGUAUUUUAACAAGCGUUCUGUUUGCUGUCAAUGCUCUAAUGGUGAAGAUGGUCAAAUCUAUCGGCCCAAUUGAGGUUUUAGGUGCAAGAUGUUGGGUUCAAUUCUUCAUGUUGCUUCCAUUUAUUACCUACAACUGGAUGCACAAUAAAGUUGAUUUCCUUGGGCCAAGAAACACUUUUAAAUUGCUCUGCCUUCGUAGUCUUACAGGUUCAACUGCCGCUAUGUUUCUGUAUCAAAGUUUACAGCGGUUACCACUUGGUGAUGCUGUAACAAUCUCAUUCUUGAGUCUCGUUUUUACUAUGUUGUUCGCCGCAGUUUUUCUCAACGAACGUCCAACUGUACUUGACAUUAUCUUCAGCAUUGUAAUAAUAGCAGGAGUUGUUCUUGUUGCCCAACCACCCUUCUUAUUCGACUCUUCGGUAACUUAUGACACAGAGAGACUUUACGGGACAAUAUUUGGAAUAUUGUGCUCUGCCAUGGCCGGUGUUACUUUUGUAAUCGUCCGAAAAUUAGGCAUUGCCACUCAUGCAACAUUAAAUGUCUUUUAUUAUUCCUUUGCUGGUUCCAUUACUUCAUUGAUCUUUACGACCACAAUUGAAACAUUCAAGUUUCCUUGCUCUUCUGAAAUCCAAUAUAUUAUUUUUGCUGGCAUAGCUGGAUGUGGUGCUCAAAUCUUCAUGGCACUUGCCCUUCAAUAUGAGCGUGCUGGAACAUUUUCAAUGCUCAAGUCUUUUCAGAUCAUUCUCAGUUUUGCAUUUCAGGUUAUAAUUCUACAAGACAUCCCAUCAAGUUUAAGCUUAGGAGGUGCUGCUCUUGUGUUCGCCAGUAUAUUUGGAAUUGCUGUUCGAAAAAUCUACAACGAAUAUUUUAAAGGGCCAAAACUUGGGUGCAAAAAAUGAAUCUUUUACCCAGUGCUGUAACUUUUCUGUGCUACUUUGUAAAUAUAUCUUUUUCGGUGUUUCAUAUUUUCGUAAUGAAUUACAUGGUUAAACUUUGAGAAGUUAAUAAAUCCUAUAGAGUUCCUUCUUCUUCAAACUCAGCUAUUAGCAAACAGCAUAAAGCACUUACCAAUGUGAAAUUCUUACAGCUUUAAUAUUAUUGCAAUAUUUCUUCUAUUUUAUAAUUAUAAUUAGCCAAUUUUAAAUAAGGUUUCUAUUAUUUAUGUACUGUGUCAAAUUAUCAUUGAAUUUCCACCUGAAAGUGCAUUUUUAAACAUAUUUUGUAUGUUUUGGUUUCUGUGUCAAUGCUGUGGGGGUCAUUCUUUUGAUAAACAUCUUUUAAUACCACUCAAUAAUUGUACAAACUCUUUCGGUUUAAAAAGAAUUUAACUUAUGUAAUAAACAAGUCAC